CGAUUUUCUAUCAACAGAGAUACUUAUCGAAUUGCCAUUCACAGGUGUGUAUAGAGAUCUCCAGAAAAGUAAGACUUCUAAAAUCAAUUUUUCGGUUUCAUUAAAAACUUUUUGCAUACAAAUUCAUCUAUUGGAAGAAACAUUUCUGAACAAAUUAAGAUGUCCCGUUUGUCUCGUUGAUCGAAAGAAACAUUAAGAUAUCGUUCUACGAAACAGAGCAAACAGAACUUUUCAAGAUUUGCGACUAUCUCACAGGACUCUAGAAUUUAUAGUGUUCUGCACUUUGGAGCCUUUCGUAGAAUCAGUGUAGUUUGCUGAAGAUAGGUUGUGGGAACUCGGGGACAUCUGAUCUUGCUCAGAGAUGUUUUCUCUAUUAGAUAAAAUUGCAUGCAAAUUGCUUUGAAUAAAAUCUAGAAAUAUUUGGUUUUCUAGAAACCUUUUACUCAAACAUAUUAAUGGCAAUUCGAUAAGUAUCUCUGUUGAUAGAAAAUCGCUUGAGCUAAUCAAAUAUUUUAUCUGAAUUAUUCUAGCUGUUCCUGUUAAGGAAGAAAAUACUGCGCUUAUAAAAUUUUUAUAUCCACGUUAUUUUUAUUGUAAUUUGAUAAUUGAUUUUCUGUUAUUAGACCAUCAUUUAUGAAUGAUUUUGAAAAAUUUGAAGCUGAACUUAAUGAACUUUAUGCAAAUUAUGUAUUAAAAUUUCGUAUAUUAUCUUAUUUGGAAAAAGAACUUGAAGGACAUUUUCGAAGUCAACGUGAAAAAGUUCAAGAAGUAUCUCGGCAAUAUAUGCAAUCAAUUAAUUCACAAUUAACAGAACAAGAUCAACAAAGAUUUAAUCGACAAUUACAAGAUCAAAAUGAUGAAAUAGGUGUUCAUAGUGAUGAAGAAGAAGAUGGAGAAGAAUCAGAUGAAGAUGACGAUGAUGUAUCAGAAGAAGAUGAAGCUAUGGAUCGAGAACCACCACCUCGCCAAGCAACUCGAGGAAAUAAGCCGGAAAACGGUAUAGGAGGCAAACCAUAUGGAGGUAUGACGGAUGAACUGAGUGAGGACGACGACGAUCAAGUGCAAAUGGGUAGAAGAGGCCCUGAUAUGAACGAUGAAUUAGAUGCUGAUAUGGAUCCUAGAAAAAGAGGAGGUGGAGGGAAAAUAAAUCGAAGACCACCUAGUGCUAGUGGCCAACGACGACAAAAACAGAAGCCACAAAAACGAGAAACAUAUGAAGAUGAUGAAGAUUUUUAG